AUGCUCAAUUUCAAUGUCCUUAGCCAGGCCUUCCCGCCAAAGGCCAAAUUCACAGAGGCCAACGUCUGCAUCGUGACCGGCUCCAACACUGGUGUGGGCAAGGAAGUGGCCCGUAUCCUCUACUCCAAGAAUGCCUCUGUCUACGUCGCCUGCCGGACCGAGUCCAAGGCUCAAUCCGCCAUUGAGGACAUUAAGACGUCGCAGCCCUCCUCCAAGGGCAAGCUGACAUUCCUGAGCCUUGACCUGGGCGACUUGCCGGCCGUGGCCCAGGCGGCCGACCAGUUCACCGCCCAGGAGACCAAGCUGGACUACCUCUUCAACAAUGCCGGGGUCAUGAUGCCUGGCAACGGGACCAAGACGAAGCAAGACUACGAGAUGCAACUGGGCACCAACUGCGUCGGCCCCUUUCUCUUCACCAAGAAACUCACACCGCUGCUGCAAGCCUCGGCCAAAACGUCGCCUGCUGGCAGCACGCGGGUGAUGUGGGUGGCCUCCUCUGCCGCCGAGGCGUUCGCGCCCGCGUGUGGUGUUGACCUCUCCAACCUCGACUACCACACCUGGCGACCCAACACUUACCAGUACGGCGUGAGCAAGGCCGGUAAUUACUUCCAGGGCAUGGAGUACGGCAGGCGAUUCGGAGACGACGGCAUUGUCAGUGUCAGCAUGAACCCAGGCAACCUGAAGAGCGACCUGGGGCGCACCGCAGGCCUCCUCGGACAGAACCUCCAUUGGCUCUUCAGCUACCCCGUCGUCAAUGGCGCAUACACUGAGCUCUACGCUGCGUUCGCCCCCGAAGUCAAGAACCGCGACUGGGUCAUCCCCUUUGGACGUCGGGGUACCAUAUCCAAGAGCCUGCAGGAAAACGCCAAGGACGAGAGCGAGGGCGGCAAAGGCACAGCGCGCAAGUUCUGGGAGUGGCUCCAGGAGCAGGUCAAGGAAUAUGUCUGA